UUUAAGAAUAACCUUAUAUACGAGCCUGAGAGUUCCAACAAACUGAGUUCAUGGAAUCAAAGCACUGCUUGUUGUCGGUGGAAAGGUGUAACCUGUGACAAGGAAAGCCAUGUUACUGGUCUUGACCUGAGUGAAGAGUUAAUCUCUGGUGGACUUGACAAUUCAAGUAGCCUUUUCAGUCUCCAAUAUCUCCAGCAUUUGAAUUUGUCUUACAAUAACUUCAAUUCAGAGAUUCCAUCUACAUUCAAUAAGUUGGAGAAUCUAACUUCUUUGAGCCUCGCAUAUGCUGGCUUUUUGGGGCAAAUUCCAAUAGAGAUUUCUCAACUGACAAGAUUGUUUACUCUUGAUCUUUCAGCACAGGCAGAACAGUUGAAACUUGUGAACCCAAGUCUCAGAGAACUUGUCCGAAACCUGACCAAAGUAAGACAACUUUAUCUUAAUGGUGUGAGUAUAUUAGGUCCAGGACAAGAAUGGCACGCUGCCUUGUUGCAAAUUCCAACUCUGCAAGAAUUGAGCAUGUUUAGUUGUGACCUCUCAGGGCCACUUCUCUCUUCCCUUGCAAGACUUGAGAAUCUAUCAGUCAUUGAUCUUAGUAAUAACCACUUGUCAUCUCCAGUUCCAGAAACUUUUGCCUAUUUCAAAAGUCUGACCAACUUGAGGCUUGUUGAUUGUGAGUUGAUUGGAAUGUUUCCGGAAAAGAUCUUCCAAUUACCAACAUUGUCCUAUAUUGAUAUAUCAGAUAAUUAUGAUCUGCAUGGUUUCUUUCAUCACUUCCCGCCAAAUGGAUCUCUCCAGACCUUGAUGGUAACUAACACAAAUUUCUCUGGUCCACUUCCAAAUUCAAUUGGAAAUUUGAGACACUUGUCCUAUCUAGAUCUUUCUGCUUCUGAAUUUAAUGGAACACUUCCCAAUUCAUUAUCAAAUCUCACCCAACUUGUUGAACUAGAUUUGUCAGAGAAUCACUUUUCUGGCUAG